AUGGCAGAAAAUAGUGAUGAACUGAAACAACUACUGAUGAAAGUUGAGACAGAAAAUGCCCACUCAGAAUUACAGCUGAACGUCAAGAAGCCCGAACGGUGCAUGCCGGGAAGAGCGCCUCAGAGAUACCUGACGCCCCCCCCCCCCGUUUUUCUUCCCCUUUCCACGGGAGGGGCCAACCGACCCCCGCGCAGGCUCCCCCGAAAGGAACCGGGCCUUCUCCGCCUUACCCGCUCCCCUCCGGCUCCUUUUCCUCUCCCGCCGGCAGCGGCGUCCACUUCAGCCCAUCGCGAGGCCGCGCCGAGAUUUUCGGCCUUCGCCGCUGCCCUGGCCGGCCACCGUACUCCCCGCCGCGCGCAUGCGCAGAGGCCUCCCGUCCCCUCCUUCGGCGUUCUCAUGGAGACGAGCCGUGAAAGCACUGCCGAUUGGUCGCUCCGCUUUCGGCCCGCCCCGCCUCCGCUCUUAUUGGCCAAGAUGCUGGGCGCGCGGGAGCUCGGAAUCCUGGCAGGGCUGAUUCGAGGGAAGCGCGCGCUUUGGGGCUGCCGGCCAGGAGGGUCUGUCUGGGCUUCCGUUCCUGUGGUGACGCCAGCCCCUCCCUUCUCUUCCUCUAGCACCUGUUCGGAGCAGGCAGACGUUGAAGGUGCUCCUGACGAGAUUAAAGACCUGUAUAGAGAGUACAAAAUGCUGAAGCACGACAAGGGCACUGAACUGGAAGUGAUCCGCCAGCAGAGAUCUCGGGAUCCCCCCGCAGUCAAGCAGGUAGCAAAGGGGGUGUCUGUGGACUUAGCCUACCUCUUGAUAUCUUUGCAGGUAUGGAAACAGAAGUGGCAAAAGAAGGGAGAGCAGUUUGGAGGAGGAGGAGGAGGAGGAGGCCGGCACGUGGACCGGAGCUCUGAUGCUUGCUUCAGAUGUGGAGGGCUUGGUCACUGGGCAUCCCAGUGCAAGGGCAGAGCGGCAGAACAGCUUCCAGUUGGGGACCCCUCCCAGAAGGGAAAUGGCUGCGUGGCAGAAGAGGAGGUCCCCCUGCUUACUCUAGAAGAAGUGGCUCAGAUGACCAACACAGCCUACCGCAAGGUCUCAGCUGACGGUUGUGCGAGCAGCCCAGGAGCUCCAAAGCAGGAGGAAGAGGGUCACCUUCAUGUGCCAAGGCCUGCGUAUGAUCUUCCCUCCCCGCCCGCACCAAUGCAUCCUCUCUACGAACCGGGGCAGGAUGGGAAGGUGAGAGAGACCCCUCCUGAAGUGUUCCGCGCUCUGUCUGAGCUGGGCUACAGCUCUUUCCGGCCAGGACAAGAAGCAGCAGUGAUGAAGAUACUCUCAGGGCUCUCAACACUGGUGGUCCUGUCAACAGGAAUGGGCAAAUCUCUCUGCUAUCAGCUUCCUGCAUAUCUAUAUGCAAAGAGGUCAAAGUGCAUCACAUUGGUGAUAUCUCCGCUGGUGUCCCUGAUGGAUGACCAAGUCUCUGGCCUUCCGCAGCGCCUUAAAGCUGUCUGCAUACACUCCAACAUGUCCAAGACCCAGAGAGAGGCUGCUGUGGACAAGGUAAAGGCUGGGAAAGUCCACGUGCUCCUGCUGUCCCCCGAAGCCUUGGUUGGGGGAGGCUUCUCUGGUUCCAGCUGCCUCCCCGCUGCUGAUCAGCUCCCCCCAGUGGCUUUUGCCUGCAUCGACGAGGCCCACUGCGUCUCAGAGUGGUCCCACAAUUUCCGCCCUUGUUAUCUGCGGCUCUGUAAGGUUCUUCGGGACCGCUUGGGUGUGCGCUGCUUCUUGGGCCUCACAGCCACGGCCACAGUGUCUACAGCUCAGGAUGUGGCGCAUCACCUGGGCAUCCAAGAGGGCGAGGGGAUCGCGAUACGUUCUGCCGCUGUCCCGCCAAACCUUCACCUCUCUGUCUCUACAGACAGAGACAAGGACCAGGCCCUGGUGAACUUGCUGCAAGGGGAGAGGUUUGGAAGCCUGGACUCGGUCAUUGUUUACUGUACGCGCCGAGAGGAGACCACUCGCAUUGCGGCGCUGAUCCGCACGUGCCUCCAGGGCGUGAAGCUCAAGGAACCUGUUGAUGCAGCGGAGAAGGAGGAGGACGACGAUGACACCAAGGCUGGGAAGAGAAAGAAAGCAAAGGCUAAAAAGAGCAUCCGCCGUCCCUUGAAAUGGAUUGCUGAUGCCUACCAUGCCGGAAUGUCUGCUGCCGAGCGCCGCCGCGUGCAAAAUAACUUCAUGUCUGGCCAGCUGCGGGUUGUGGUGGCCACGGUGGCCUUUGGCAUGGGGCUGGACAAGUCCGACGUGCGCGGCGUGGUGCACUACAACAUGCCCAAAAACUUUGAGAGUUACGUGCAAGAGAUCGGGCGGGCGGGACGAGACGGCAAGCCGGCUCAGUGCCACCUCUUUUUGCACCCAGAGGGGGAGGAUCUGCAUGAGUUGCGGAGACACAUCUACGCAGACACGGUUGACUACUUUGCUGUGAAGAGGCUGGUGCAGAAGGUUUUCCCUCGGUGCAAGUGUUGGAAACUUCGCCAGAAACAGCAGGAAGUCAACAAGGACCACGAAGUGGAAGACGCAGAGAUGUUAGCUGUUUCGGAAGCCAGCGGAGAGGAGCUGCUUGACACGGAGGAGGGAAAGCCCAGAGUGUGUCACAAACACGAGAGGGCCAUCCCCAUCCAGCAGACAGUGGAGGCCCUGGACUUCCGAGAGGAAGGCAUAGAGACGCUCCUCUGUUACCUGGAAUUGCACCCUCGGGGCUGGGUGGAACUGCUUCACCCCACCUUCUCCUCAUGCCGCGUGAUGUGCUACGGUGGCCCUCAGGAGCUGCGUACCGUUGCUCGAAGGAGUAGGACUUUUGUACCCAUCAGGAGUAGGAGUAGGCAGUAUAAAUCUAAACUCUUUUCCUUCUCUUUCUCCUUUUGCCUCUGCACAGGUUCCCGCACACCUGGGAAGAGCAAGGUCCUGGUGGAGUUCAGCACGCUCUCCUUCCACCUGCGCUCCUACGGCGACCUCACCGAUCGAGAGCUGGACUCCGUGUGUGCCUUCCUGCAUCGCCGAGUUGUGGGUCGUGAAAAGGUCGCCCUCCGCCAGCUCCAGCUUUGUUUCCAGGCCUUCCAGAGCGUGGCUUUCCGAUCCAGUGCCAUGUGCUCUGACUUUGGGGACGAGGAGAAGAGCUCCCAGCUGAAGGCCCUGCUGAUGGAUUACUUUGAGAAGGAGAUGGUGCCAGAGGAGGAGGAUCCUGUGUUCCAGGACGAAGAGCAGGGUGUAGAAGGUCUCCAGGACAUUAAAUUCCGGGAUUGGGAGGAGCAGAUCCGCGCUGACAUCCGCCACUUCCUGUCCAUUCGCCAGGAGGAGAAGUUUUCCGGCAGGGCUGUGGCCAGGAUCUUCCAUGGCAUCGGGAGUCCACGUUAUCCUGCACAAAUCUUUGGGCGAGAUCGGCGUUUUUGGAGGCGCUACCUCUGCUUUGACUUCAACAAGCUCAUGCGUUUGGCCACGGAGGAGAUCAUCCGCUGGAAGUGAGCUGAGCAUGCACGGGCAUAUCUGUUGCCGAAACCCCACUCUCAAGAGACAGGCCUGGAGGUUUCCCUGAAGAGCUCAUGAGCUAAUUGUCUAACUGAGGAAUGGAACAGACAGCAUGUUGGCUCAUGACUGCAGCCACGGGAUUUCGUGGGCCGUCUUCCCAGCCUGCAGGUUGCCUCGGGUUUCCCAGAACUUCUCUGCACAGAAAUUCAGGGAAUUGAAAAUAAUGCUCCUUUGCUCGGGAGCACGCUGUUUUGGUUUUUAUUUCCGGGUUUCUGCAUCCACUGAUCUGGAUCUAUUCGACUAACAGCUGUGUAUGUCCCUGCACUGCAAGAAAACUGAUAGAAAGAGUAUUCUUGAGACUCUUAGCCUCUUGCACUGGAGGAAAGCCUACUGUGUAUAAACCCUAUUUGAAUUACUGUUAUUUUAUCAAACUGUCCUUAUUCAGGGCUCUUUUUGACUCAAGGGAAUGUUCUAACAAUCCUUUUUCUAGCUUGGUUUUAGGGAUUCUUAAUUCUUUUGUUUCAAAGAUCAUCUGGAAGCCAAAUAUAGUUGCUGAAUGCCAUUCCUUCUGCCUCCAGAGGGCAGAUGCUGGGGGGUGAGGAGGAAGGUUGGGUUGUUGUCCACAGACUUCGCACUGUGGGAUAUUUCCAGGCAUCCUAUCUGGGAACAGACAUUCCGCCAGAAGGCAAGGAGUCAUUUUUGUACCACCAUUGGAAACAGUCUGCUUUUCGACUGCUUCACUUGUCCUCAGUUUUGGAUCCGCCUUGGCCUCCACUUUGCCUGCGUCAGGCCGGGUAGGGAGGGGGUCUUCUAGCCUGCAUUUCACACCAAGAUGUAUUGUACUAUAAUAGUUUAUCCUGGGCUGAUACUCUGCCUGGAACUAGCAUUUCUGCUUCUCUUGAAAUGCUGCUUGUGUAUAUUUGUCUUUUAUAAAAUGUAACUUUCAUUUUUAAAUUAA